AUGCCACUAUGGCCCUUUGGAAGGCAGAAGCGACGACGUCUGAGCGCAUCGACCGCCGUAACAACAACGUCGACAACAUCUCCAACUGCUGCGACCACGCCAGCACAAACAGCACCAACGCCUACAACAACAGCACGCCAACUACCACAACAGCAACAGCAACAACAGACUCAGGCCCGCCCUGCAGAUGUUUCAGAUAUUCCGGCACAGGCCAUCGCUCGCCCGCCCAAUGACAGCUCCACCCACAUAAUUACCCCAAACGUCCUCGAGCGUCAGGGAAGCGUGCAGCAUGAUUUAACGGCCCUUCCUGAAUUAUCCGAACUCGAGCAGAGCCCCCAUCUCAGGCCUGCAAAUGUCAUCAAGCCCGUCCACCCCUACACCCUCGACCGCCCGUCCUCUGCCCGCUCACGCUCCCACACCCUGGCCCAUCCUGUGUCGCAUGACAAGCAAGCCCCAGCUCGCCGUCUCUCAAACAAGAGAACAAAGGACCAGGCUCUGCGCGAAGAAGAGAUUCGUCAAAUGAGUGCUCCCAUGCAGAUUCCAAAGAGACCAGCUGCCAAUUCUGGUCACGACCUGCUCCGCCGCGACAGCAAAAAGGCUCGCAGGACCCUGACCAAACGCCCCGCUGACGACUCCCGUUCCUCCAAUGUCUCUCUACCGCUGCCGGAAUCCAUUUACUCCAACAGGUCGCACAUGUCUGAGCAGCGCGCUUGGGAGAUUGGCGGCAUGUCUAUCCUCAACCCACGCCCUACCGUCCGUGUCUCGGGUACCUUUACUAGUCCACCCUCGCCAUUUGGAAAACGUCCAGACAAGAUGGGCAAGCUGCCGGAGCUUGCUCGUGCAUCAAGUGGAAGGAAGGAUCGAAGGAAGGUCGCUGAUCUGGCUGACGACCUCAAUUCUACCGAGCUGCGUAUUCUAAUGGAGCGUGACCAGCGAAGAAAGGAGCAAAAGGCCUUGGAGCAACAUGAGCGUCUUGAUCGCAAGUUGCGCAGGCGGGCAGAAAAACAGCGUGAAGAAGACGAACGUAGAGCUCGUGAUGCUCGCUUGACAGCAACUCCCCCCACCGCCAUUCAUCCUGCCUUCCGCGAACAACAGCCUGAUGCUGAAUUCAUCACAUCCACCUCGCUCAGAAAGCAGGGCAAACAGCCAGUUCCUGAGAUGCAAGAGACUCCCAUCAAGGGAGGCACCUAUCUACGAUACCCGCCACGCGAAGACAUACCUCAAAAUCCAUUCGUGGACCCAGAGCCUGAGAAUCCCUUCACUGCUGCAGGCGCAGAAUGGUCCCCCGUCCACACUCCGUUGGACGAGCCAGUCUUGCAAACUGCGAGAGCCGUCAGAUUAUCUGCCGGUCACAUGUCCCCUCCUGCUUCUCCAAUUCCAAUUGUCCAACGCGAAAUCCAGCCGUCACCAGUCUUGCCUGAAGCUUCUUAUCCUCAAUCGCAGAGAACUUCUAGUCACCCCGCCAGCUCUUUCGAGUCAAGUCGACGCAGACCGUCUGAGAGUGGCAGUCGACGUGUAGGACCCAGCGCCUGGACAAACAUCUUCCGUCGGGGUCUUAGUUCAAAUCGCACGUCAGAGGACAAGCCACCAUCCGAAUUUUCCUUUGUCAAUACCUCACGAGAAUCCAUGUCUAAGCAGCCUAUACCAGCUCACCUGGUAGGACCGCCCUCAUCACGUCAAGCUGGCGUUCCCACUCGCACUCAGAGCAAGUUCCGCGAGGACCUUCCUGAACUACCAAUCUCUCCUCCAGCAUCUCGCGUCCAGUCGCCUGAGCUGAGCGUGAUCACAGCUGGAGUUGUGGCAGCAAGACGUGCCCAACGUACUGCUGAUACGCAGAUGAAGAUGGCAGAUCAGCCGGGCCUGAUCCGAAAUGACUCACCCGCCAUUGUUGAAGAUGAAGAAUCAACAAUUUUGUCUCAAUCAUACGGCUCAGUCGACUCCGAGGGCAGCUGGAUCAGCGGACGUUUAGGAAAACGCACAUCUCAUACAUCACAUCCUCACAGUAGCUUGGGCUCGCUUAGAAAGGCGAAGCCCGAGUUCAGUGGAAGCUUCGAUCGACUUCCCGUUCCGGAACAUGAAUUUUUCGCUGCCUUGACCCCAGAGAAUGGCAGUCGUCGUGCGUCAGCAGAACACGCGAUCGAAACAACACCGACAGCAGAGCCUUCCCCUGAAGAGGCUGCACCACUCAGACAGGCAACAGCACGUCGUAGACCGACGGUUGUACACAAUGAUCCCCGCUUCAAGUCUCGCGAAGGGCUCCUUACAGAAUAUCAAGCAGCAGAGCCAGUGACUCCAUCUCGCGAAGGCAGUCUGAGUGGCGAGUCGAUUGAACACUCGCCGGUGGAGUUGCACAAAGCGCAGAGCGUCAACUAUGGUCGGAUGCACGGCCACGGCAAAACUCUCAGCGCAGGUAGCGCCAAAAUGCUCGAAAUCGCGCCGAAAAGAAGCAAGAGUGUCUCGACCCUUCUUGGUCAAGGCAGUCCUCGCUCGUCGCCUCGAAUCGCGCAAGAAUAA